CUUCCCGUCCGCUCAGCCAUAUACAAGCAGUGUACCGGCGGAUUAGUAGUUAGGUGGGUGACCACUAGCGAAUCCCCGCUGUUGUAUGUUUUUGUUUUUGCACCUCAUAGUGGAGGUGGAGCGGGCCAACAUGUUUUGGUGGCCGAGUAUUGGCCGAGCGACAGCUUUGACGAUCGACCAAGGAUAACAUAUAGUAUACAUCCAGUUUUUU